AUGUCGUCUUUUUUCACGGUCCCCGGAUCGCAAAAGAAACGGAAACGGGCGACUGCACCCGAAGCUCCCAAGAAGCGAGCUGCUACGACUACCUCCUCCUCCAAAGCCUCGGGCGCGUCGAGAACAGCACACGGUGCUUCUGGCAAGCAGAAGACGGCCAGGUCACGAGACGCCGCCGACUCGGCCUCCGCCUCCACAAAGUCUGGCAAGAAGCCCACGGCACGCAGCAGGAAAGAGGCUGAAGAGGAGGACGAGUCGGUGUCGGGUAGCGACUCGGACGACGACGAAUACAAUGGCCGGCCACGCGGAGGACGCGACUCGGACGACGCGGGUGACGACGACGACGACUCGGACGGCGACGAGGGCGAGACCGCUGCCGAGCGGCGACUACGGCUGGCCGAGCGCUACCUGGAGAAUGUCAAAACGGAAGUCAAGGGGGCGGCCGGUGCGGAUGGCGACAUCUACGCCUUUGACGCCGAGGACGUCGACCGUGACCUGAUUGCUGAGCGGCUGCAGGAGGAUGUGGCCGAAGCCAAGGGCCGCGUAUACCGGCAACUAGCCGGCAAAUUGGGCUUUGCACUUGCCGGCCACUGUCUGCUGCGGUGGAACGCCAAGAACGUCAAUGCCGUGGCUGUCUGCGCACCGUAUGCUUACACCGUGUCUAGCGACGUCUACCUGAUCAAGUGGCGCGUCCAGGACCGCCCCGACGAGCAGCGGCGGCAACGCGAAGAGUCGCGGCGGAAGUGGGAGGAGGAGAGGAACAAGAACAAGAACCGGAAGCGGAGCAACAAGAAGAAACAGGAGAAGAAAAACACCGAACCCGACGAGGCUGCCGAGGUGCCUGCCCGCAAGCAGCCGCAGCGGGUGCUGUUCCGCCGGGGCAAUCCAGCGCGCCGCAAGGACAAGGACUACCGUGGCCAUGUCGGCGCAAUUCUGUGCGUGGCGGCGUCGCAGGACGGCCGGUUCGUCGUGACGGGCGGUGCCGACCGGCGCAUGGUCGUGUGGGAUGCCCACUCACUCAAGCCGCUGCGCGUGUUCACGCACCACCGCGACGCCGUCACGGGCCUGGCGUUCCGCCGCGGCACCAACCAGCUGUACUCAUGCUCCAAGGACCGCACCAUCAAGAUCUGGAGUCUCGACGAGCUGGCCUACGUGCAGACGCUGUUCGGCCACCAGGACGAAAUCACCGACAUCGACGCGCUGGCCCAGGAGAAGUGCGUCAGUGUCGGCACCCGCGACCGCACGGCACGUAUGUGGAAGGUCGUCGAGGAAACACAGCUUGUGUUCCGCGGCGGCGGAACUGGCGGCAAGGGCUCGAAGAACGGCGACGGCUCGACCGCCGUCGACCCCAACUCGCUCGCCCACGAGGGCAGCAUGGACCGCGUGGCCAUGCUGGACGACGAGCUGUUUGUGACGGGCAGCGACAACGGUGCGCUGGCGCUGUGGAGCACACAGAAGAAGAAGCCGCUGCACGUGGUGCCGCGCGCCCACGGUCUGGAGCCCGUCCAGACGCACCGCGACCAGUACGACGCCGUCAUGGCGACGCCUGCUGCCCAGGCCGCCAACCCGCCACCGCCGCCGCAGCCGCGCUGGAUCACAGCGCUGCGUACCAUUCCCUACUCCGACAUUGUCUUUAGCGGCAGCUGGGACGGCUGUGUGCGCGUGUGGUGCCUCAGCAAGGACAAGCGCAAGCUGGAGCCGCUUGGCGUUCUUGGUGUCAACGAUUCGUCGAAUGCUUUGUCCACCUCCACCAGCUCCUCACCUUCCAAAUCUACCUUUUCGAUUCCCGGUGUCGUCAACGAUAUUGCUGCUUUUGAGCGUGGCGAGCGGGGACGCGAUGGCCUGAGUAUCGUGGUCGCCGUCGGCCAGGAACACCGUCUGGGCCGCUGGGGCCGACAGGCGGGUGCGCGGAACGGUGCGGUGGUGUUCGAGGUGGGCCGGCUCGAGAAGUACACUGCCGACGGCGUGAAUGGCGUGAACGGCCAUGCCAAUGGGGCAUCCGAUGACGAGGAGGAACAGUAA